UGGGCUCAUCACAUUAUUACAAACUGAUAAAAGCUACUUUACUAGUUUAACUAGAAAAGAAAAAAAGACAACAAAACAAAACACAAAAGUCUCUCUCUCUCCCUCACAUGGCUCUUCUCUUAAACCGCGUUAGAUCGGCUUCAUCCUUCAUGCUAACAUUCUUCUUCAUCUUCGCCGGAAUAUCACUCUCCGAAGCCUUACGACCUUCUGAUCAUGGCCUACAGUAUCAAUCCACCUCACCACCGACUGAAUCUCACUCACCUCCCGGGGAAAUGAUGUCUUUCUUCGGAGAUUCACGCUCUUCUCCUCCUCCUUCUUCUCAGCUCCUUCCCAAAGCUACGGAUACAGACGGUGGCGAUGACGACACGUGGUGGCGUGACGGAGCUGCGACCAGACGCGAUCACGUGAUUAGGCACGUGUUUCUUGCGGCGAGUAUCAUCUGCGGUGUCUCUGGAGUUGCGCUUCUAGUGGUUUUCACUUUGGUUUACUUGUUUAGGUAUCGGAAUCAAAAUCCGUCGAACUUGGCCUGUAACGAUUUAAAGUAGAUACUAUUCCAUUUCAUGUUUAUACAUUGAUUGUUUCUAUUAUUAUUUUUGUUUCUAUAUGAAAUAGAGCAUUUUGCUUUAUUUCGACGACUUUUAUGACUUGUGGCGCUAGAAAUUUAGACAACUGUUACACACCCACAUU